AUGUCAGGAAGCCCCACGAAGAAAGCAGUGAGCCCAUCAAAGAAGGCGACGGCGAGUCCCAAGGCCGCCCUUGCCAACCCGUCCAAGAAACCUGCGAAUCCCACGACGAAGCCCGCAAGUCCGUCCAAGAAGGGCGCCGCCAGUCCUAAAGUUGCUAUCCCUGCAAGCCCAGCCAAGCGCGCGGCGACGAGCCCCCGCAAAGGCGAGAGCACCCCGAACAAGAAGAUGAAGCUGGUCGGGUACGAGAACUUUGUGCGACACAACCCCAAGUCGGACCGAUUUACCAUGCACAAGUUCCACCACAUGGAGUUCUACACGCAAGACGCGACGAACGUGUCCAAGCGGUUCGGGUGGGCCGCAGGCCUCAAAGUGGUCGCCAAGUCGGACCAGAGUACGGGCAAUCACGCGUACGCGAGCUACGUCCUGCAGUCGGGUGAGCUCAAGAUCGCCAUCACGGCACCGUACUCGCGCAAGAACCAGAAGGAAGGCCACGUGCCGCCGCAUCCCGGCUUCAACGUCGACUUUGCCCAUGAGUUCUGCAACAAGCACGGCCUGGCCGUGCGCGCCAUGGCGAUCUCCGUUGACGACGCCGCACUCGCGUACGAGCUCUCGACCAAGCACGGCGCCGUCGGCGUGUGCCCCCCCAAGACCGUCAAGUGCGCCAAGUCCCACACGACGCAGGUUCUGUCGAGCGUCAAGUUUUAUGGGGACGUCGUCCUGCGCUUCGUGUCGGGCGACUACAAGGGUCGGUUCCAGCCCGGCUACGAAGACGUGGAGGGGCCAGACGUGAGCAUCGGCCUCGAACGCCUCGACCACGCCGUCGGGAACGUCCCGAACCUGAUCGAGGCCGUGCAUACGCCGUGA